CCACACACAAACUGAGCUCAUAAUGCUUAUUCUCCUCCUGUUCCCAUUUCUAUUCCUCCUCCUAACUGCCACGCCCCAUCAUGUCUCCACCACCACCACCGCCGUCACCAUCAACCACCUGCAACAAGACACCAUGGAUCCAUCUGAGCUACAAACCCUCUACAAGAUCAUGGAAACACUCUCAUCUGACCACAAAUGGAGACUCUCUUUUCCAAACCCAUGUAAACCAACCACUUCUUGGACUGGAAUCGAGUGCAAAUUAGGUGUUACAGACUCCCAUCUUCAUGUCACAAGACUUGAUUUUGGUACCCUUCCAAACCCUACCUGCAAAACCACUGCUACUUUCCCUCCACAGAUCUUUCUACUGCCUUACCUUCAAUCCAUCUUCUUCUUUAAUUGUUUCACCAAAACAAAAACAACACUUUCUGUGCCAAAAGACAGACUCCGACCACCUUCUCCCCUGCAACAGCUAAGUCUCCGAUCAAACCCUGGUCUUGUUGGCUCUAUCUCUUCUCAACUCUUCUCUCACUUGCCUUCUCUUCAGAUCCUUACGUUAUCGCAAAGCAAGCUCUCUGGCGUGAUCCCGCCGGAGAUCUCGGAGUUGAAGUCGCUGGUUCAUCUGGACUUGAGCUAUAACCAGCUCACUGGGUUCAUACCGAUCCAACUCUGCAACCUUCGGAAACUAGUCGGACUUGAUCUGAGCUAUAACUCACUCACGGGUUCGGUUCCAAACACAAUUGGGCAACUGGGUAUGCUUCAAAAACUAGACUUGAGCUCCAAUUUUCUCACCGGAAGUGUUCCGACCGGCAUUCAAAAAAUGAGUUCAUUGGCAUUCAUUGCUCUCAACAACAAUAGAUUUAACGGGAAACUGCCGGUUGGGUUGGCGAAUUUGAAGGGAUUAGAGUAUUUGAUCAUGGAUAACAACCCAAUGUCGAUUCAACUACCCCUGGAGUUGGGUCAGCUUCCGAAACUACAAGAACUGAGACUCGCCAACUCCGGCUUAUCCGGCGAAAUUCCGGCCACAUUUUCUCAGCUGUCGAACCUUACCACAUUGUCGCUGCAAAACAACCGAUUAACCGGAAGUAUCCCUGUGGGUUUGGGGAAUCUUUCACACAUAUAUCACUUGAAUUUGAGCAAUAACUGGUUGACUGGAGAGAUUCCGUUUGAUUCUGGUUUCUUGAAGAGAUUGGGGAAGAAUUUGGACGUAAGUGGGAAUAGGCAGCUGUGUUUGAAUCCAUUGCAAGCAUAUGAUUCUGUAACGCUUGAAGUUGAUGUGUGUAAUAGAAGCAAUACACGUGUGGGUAAUAUCAAUUCGAGGGUGAAGCCAUUGAAGACAUCUGAAGGUCGAGUGGUUGAGAUCAGUCAGUCAACUUUAUUCUUUGUGUUUUUUGGUUUUCAUCUUUAUUUGUAUUAA